AUGCAGGAAAACAAACCACCGAAGAAAACUAUACAACGAGGGAAGUUUUCAGUAUCGAGGUCUUUCUACCGUAGGAACAGUAGCCACCAAGGCAAAACCUCGUCUCAUGCGUCGGACUCAUUACGUGUUCGAUUUGUUCUGCCAGAAGAAAAUGUGGGGCAAGAGGAUAAAACAACCAGCAAAGACCUGAUCGCUUUACCGACCCUUCCUUCCAUAUGUGAGUUUAUUAUGUUUUCAAACAACCAGCUAACAACGCAACCCCAAAAACAGUUGUGGCCGCUCACAAAACUUCCACCCAUGUAUAGUAGCGACACGAGACAACGCGGAAACACAGCAAAUAACACGGGAGUCACAAUAAACUCCACCAACCACGGACUAACAGUGCAUAAGAAAGCGCUGGCAAACAAAGGACCUGUUACGUGCUCGAAAAAAGACAUCCGAAUAGAUAUAAAGGGGAAAUUGCCUGAAGACUACCGGGACCCUACGAUCAAAGAGACCAAAAGAAGAAUUUGGGAUUGGUUACGCGAAUCAGAACACCAUCAACCGGCCUAUAUGCGGCGUGCAAACACUUUUAGGAAAACUAUGGAAUCGGACAAAUCGGAUGACACGCAACGUCAAACAUUUCAUCAAAAGUCAACCCUGACACAAAGAAUUUGA